AUGAGUGAAGAAGGUCCUCAAGUUAAAAUAAGAGAAGCCAGUAAAGAUAAUGUCGACUUUAUACUAUCCAAUGUGGAUUUGGCAAUGGCCAAUUCUCUCCGUAGAGUUAUGAUAGCAGAGAUUCCUACCUUAGCCAUUGAUUCGGUUGAAGUAGAAACGAAUACCACGGUUCUGGCCGAUGAAUUUAUUGCACACAGACUAGGUUUAAUACCUCUACAAAGUAUGGAUAUCGAACAACUGGAAUACAGUCGUGAUUGUUUUUGUGAGGACCACUGUGACAAAUGUUCGGUGGUGUUAACAUUGCAAGCAUUCGGUGAAAGCGAAAGUACUACAAACGUCUACAGCAAGGACUUGGUCAUUGUAUCCAACCUGAUGGGACGUAAUAUUGGACAUCCUAUUAUACAGGAUAAAGAAGGUAACGGUGUUCUUAUUUGUAAAUUGAGGAAGGGCCAAGAAUUGAAACUGACAUGCGUUGCAAAAAAGGGUAUAGCCAAAGAGCACGCCAAAUGGGGUCCAGCAGCGGCUAUAGAGUUCGAAUAUGAUCCUUGGAAUAAACUCAAACAUACUGAUUAUUGGUAUGAACAGGAUUCUGCCAAAGAAUGGCCUCAGUCUAAAAACUGCGAAUACGAAGAUCCCCCAAAUGAAGGUGACCCCUUUGACUAUAAAGCUCAAGCAGAUACAUUUUACAUGAACGUAGAAUCCGUAGGGUCCAUUCCCGUUGAUCAAGUUGUCGUCAGAGGUAUCGAUACAUUACAGAAAAAGGUUGCUUCAAUAUUGUUGGCUCUGACACAGAUGGAUCAAGACAAAGUUAAUUUUGCAUCGGGUGAUAACAACGCCGCUUCGAAUAUGCUGGGAACCAACGAAGACGUAAUGAUGACGGGCGCUGAGCAAGAUCCUUACUCCAAUGCAUCUCAAAUGGGGAAUACUGGUUCAGGUGGAUAUGAUAAUGCUUGGUAA